AAGAGGGCUGCUUCUGCUGCCUUUCAUGGAAUCAUAGAGAUGUUAGGGUUGGAAAACACUUCCAACAUCCUCAAGCCCAUUGUGGAGACCCAGGAGCCUGCUGGGAAUGUAACAACCCAAUUACCCUGGAAAUCUUCAACUCCAGGGGCACCUCACCCUUUGGGACAGAGAAGUAGGUUUAGAAAGAUUCUGCCCCAGAAUCCUUCACUCUAAUAUGUAGAUGAAUCUAAGUUAAAUCAUCCUUUAGAUCCGCCCGAAUUCCAGAAUGUUCUUUGCAUCCUGUUCUCCCAUUGGCUCCCCUGUUCCCGCUUCUCCACCCCUCAUUCCUGUUGGUCCUUUCUGAUUUUCCCCACCUUAGAACCAGCCCUGAGCCCUUGCACCAUUGGCCCUUAGUCCCGUGCUCCUCCCCUUCACACCCCAUAUUUAAACCAGCUCCUGCCUUUGUCUGGGGUCUUUGUUUCUUGAGCCUUCAACGCUGGAGAUCCUGGUUGGGAUGCUGCACAAAGACCCUUCCUGUUAUUUCUCCUGACGCCUCAAUGUCUCCAUCCUGAAGCCAUGGCUUCGCAGGAGGACGCACAAGAGGAAGAUGCAAAGGCCCAGCUCCUGGCAGAGGCAUUUCAGAAGGAAGGACUGGAUGCUGGAUACUGGCUGCCCAAAGUGUCACAGACCCUGGGAAUCAAGUGCAAAGAAGCCCUGCAAUAUCUGGAGUAUAAAGACUACCUCAAGCUGGAGUGUGAGGUACGGCACCCCUGGGAGAAAAAGGCGCUCCGGAAACUCCUGAAAAUAACAGAUAACAAAACAGCCUCUGAAGAGAUUCAGAAGGAUCACAUGGAGAAGACAAAGCAGAGGCAAGAAGUGGCCAAACAAGUCCUGAAUGGUCUGACAGAAAUGCUCAACAGCCGCAGCCACAGCCAGGAUGCACUGAGGAAGGAAGUAGAGACUCUGUGGCAAGUCAUGGAGAUUCCCAAAGAGUUCUGGCCAUCACCAAAGGAACCCUUGGCAGAUAUGCUGGAGAGCAUCCAUAAGGAGCUGGAGCAGCAGCAGGAGAUGUCAGUAGGCAGGAGGGAGAACAUCCCUGACACUGAGGUGCUGAGGCGGGCGUCGGGGGGACUGGCCCUUCAGGGCAUCUACAGAACCAGCAGAGCUGGAGAUGUGCUGGCAACACGAGAGCAGCUCCUCAGGGUUCCUGAGGGAUUCCAGCUCGCUGGUCCAGAGCAAGGAUCAGUGCUUGAGAGGAGGGAGUUCUCCUCCUCUGCAGCAGAAUCCAGCUUCACCAAGUCCAUGGAGCAGCUGGGGUUCAGCAUGAGCGUUUCUUCCAAAUUUUCAUUCUGGGGGGUGAAUCUGGCAUCGAGUGUAGAUCAUAGCAUCUCCUCACAGUCACAGGACACCCACCAGUCCCACUCUGAGCAGAACUACUUCUGCACCACCAAGUUCCAGUACGUCCCCCUGGCCUCCUGCUACUUCCAAAGGCAUCAGCUUCGCCUCUCGGAUGCGGCUCUUCGGGAGCUGCAAGACAUGGAACAGAUUUUGGGGGCCACUGGGAAAGAAGACAACGCCACCUUUGUGAAAAUGUGUGAGAGCUUCUUCAGCAGGUUUGGGUCCCACAUAAACCAGGGUCCUCUUCACUUUGGGGGAAUAUUCUGGUGGAAGGCGUCCACAGAAGGAUUCCGAGCUGAGCAGCGGGAAGAGGUGAAGCGACAAACGUCUGAAGCACUGAACAGCUUUGUCGGGGCCAGCUGGGGUGGCGUUGGGGCCAGUGUAGGAGGGAACCUGGAUGUUUCCAAAUCCAUCUCACAGGCUUCUGUUCAGGGAAGAGCUGGAGAGAGUUCCCAUAUAGCCAUUCAGCUCUACGCAGUCAACACAGGGGGCCCAGCAGACACAGCUUCUCUUCCUCAGUGGAAAACGGGGCUCGUGUCUGAUAACACAACGUGGUGCGUUAUCGACCGCGGCUUUGAGUUGAUCCCAGUGUGGGACGUCAUCCUGUGCAAUCACUGCGGGGAUUUUGAGUCUGUUGGUCAGAUGUGCAGAGCCCUCAGGGAUGCGUACAGAGCGCUGACAAAUGAGAGCAUUGGCACCAUUUUUGGAGAGGAACUGGGCAGUGCAGUGCAAGAGGCCAGAGAUUUCAUGGAGACUGUGAAGGCCUGGGAGGUGACAUUGGAUGAAAAGAAGCUGCUCAUGCUGAUGGAUCUUAAACAUGAUCUGAAUGCAAAAACCAGGACCCACAGUGUGUGGAUCAACGUGUGCCUGUCCCACAAAGCCCUGCAGGACUUCCUGGUGAACACCGUGCGGAGCUGCCAGGAGUCACCUCCAGAAAACACCGUCUCUCUCAAAGUAACGUUGAGAAGCCUCCUUGAUCCUCAUAUCUACUCUGUCAAGGACUUCCCUGAGGCUUCUUUCAUUAUGCAAUGGAUCUUCCAGACACAGAACCCGCUUCCCAGAUGUCCAGAAAUCUCUGACCUUGAAGAACUCAUCAAAACACUGCAGCAAAUGAAGGAGCACAUCUAUGCUGUCACCUACGCACCAGGAAGCUCUGCUUCUUCUGUUCACGAAGCAAAGAUAAAAGCCACUGUGACCAGCAGCCUCGCCAUUUAUUCCAUUCUCCAGUCUCUGCAGGAACGGGCUGAGAAGGACAUGGAACUGUUGGUGCUCUUGAUUGUGACCAGCACAGGGUACCAGGUGGAAAGCAGCACUUUCCAGCACCUCCUUGGACACCCAGAAAUUCAGUACAUGGCCAAGGAAAUGGAAGCGGCACAUGAGGAGUACGUGAACCUGAAGGAGCAGGAUGCCGACAGAGCUGAGGCCUCCCUUCUGCUGACGGGUCUGACUGUGACACCAGAAAGUCAAAAGCUGUCCCCUGAGCAGAAGAGGGAGCGUUUAGUUUUCAUGGAAGAUCACAUGAAAGGCUUGUGGUCCACAGAGAUAAAGAAUCUCCUCCAAAAGCACAGAGCAGGCACAGACUGGGAGAGGCUGGAACAGGACUUGCAUUCCUUGAUCAGUGGGUGCUUGGAUGACAAAUGGGAUCAACAGAGGAUGCAGAAGAUACUCAGAGACCUGGAAGACACUUUUCCAACACCUGCAACACUGAGUGAGUCCCAAUGCAAGUCAGAUAGCAGCCAAUCCAAAGCAAAUGAAGCCAUUACUAACAAAGAACUCCUCCAGUUGCUCAAGCGCCUUGGGCUCGAAAGUCACUAUCCUAGAAAAAUGGGGAUGGGAGAUUUCCGCACCAUCUGCAAGAUAUCUCUCCAGGACAGCCAGCCCAGGAAGGACAAGGAACUGCCAUUAUACUUCUUGCAAAAGCUGUUAACUGUGGAUUACCAGGUGAGGUACCUGACUUGCUGGGAUGAGAACAACCCAGGCCUUGCACACAUUCCAGGAAUCCAAGAGGAAAAGGGCCAAAACUCAGACUCCUUUGAAAACUUCCUUGAUAACCUGAUGGGAGCAGCCCCUGACUGUGUAAACAGGGACGGCCAUGUGCACCCCAUGGACCUGCAGAUGGCCAUUUUCCACUGUGCUGAUAACUUCCUGAGACAGACCCUUGCAACCAAGCUGGCGUUCUGCCAACUGGCGCUACCUCUGCUACUGCCCAACCCGGGCACUUCACACAUCGAGUUCCCACUCUAUGCCCUCAGCCAAAUCCAAAGGAGCUGGAAAGAGGCAGAGAAGUCAGGAAAGCAGGCCCAAACAAAGAGUUACAACAACAAACUCAUCUUCCAGGCACAGGCUCCCAUCGUGUCCUUCAUCCGCAUUGGCAGCUCGGCCUCCUCUUCAAAGUCUCAGCUCCUGAACGCUCUGCUGAGCAAACGCAAACACGACACUUUCUUCCACCGCCACUGCAGAGGCAGCACCAGAGAGCGCUUGCUGAUGGAAGGGGUGGUGGAGAUCGCCUGGUACUGCCCCCGUGGAAGCCCUGAUGACACCUUUGAGAGCUGCGUGGCUUUCUGUAACCUGCAUGGAGAUGCCAGGGAUCACGGAGCACAGCUGCAGUUCCUGCAGGACAUAUCUGCUGUCAAUAUGGCUCUUGUGUCCAAUUCGGAGCAGAUGGACAACAGGGGGAAAAAGCUUCUGCAGGAGCUGUGGCAGUCACAAAGGCCUUUGGUUUGUCUUCUCACAGAAAAAGAGAACAUUGCAAUUGGACAAUCCGGCAAAACCGUAACAAUAGGGAUGAAGAACAGAAAUGAAGCAGAACUGAUGGACCAGCUGACCAAAAUUAUCAGGAAUCUCCUGGAAGGGUCUAAUCCAAGUUUCAGCCUGGAGGCCUGCGCAGACAAAGCUCGCCAGCACGGAUUCGUGGUGGAUGCAGAUCAACCUGCGUGUGUGACAGCCAAAGCAAAGGCAAAGGAGCUGGUGGACCUUCUGAAGAAAGAGAAGCUGUGUGAGAUCAAAUCCCAGCUGCUGCCACUUCAAGGAAAACUGUGGUACCAGUGGUGCAAAAAGGACAAAGAACUCACUCGCCUACAGGAGAAGGGAAAAAAGAGCAUUGAGCAUCAUCGCAGCCAAAUUGAGUAUGAGAAGAAAGCAAUAAGAAGAAAGCAACUUGACCAAGCUUUCCCUCUCAACCCACUGAUGAAAUCAUUCCUUGGCUUUCUCCAGGUCCAGCCAGCAGAUACCAAGAAGUAUUUCCUGCAGUGGAUGAAGGUCUUUAUGGACGAGCUGUCCUGUGGUCGCCUUGAAGAACUGAGGAGAGACUAUCACAGGUUAUGGACUGAAAUCCAACCAGGAAAGAAAAACAAGAAAAAUCCCAGGGUGAACGAUCCAUUGCUGAGUCAGUUGGAUGCUGUCUCUGAUGAAAUCAAUGAUUCAUCCAUUGGCCUGGAGCACCUUCUGAGAGAAGUAGGGCAGAUUUAUGAAGCUCUGGAAUUGAUGAACUCUAAGAAAUUCAAUUUUGCCAAACUGCCAGAAAUUGCAGCAGAACUGAUGGUUUCAGGCUAUCCUGUGGAGCUGAUGGAUGGGGACGCUUCUUACCUGCCCCUGCGCUGGGUAGGAGCAAUCUUUGACAGCUUAAUUGAGAGGUUGGGGGACAAACGAGUGUUUGUGCUCUCUGUGCUCGGCAUCCAGAGCACAGGCAAGUCCACCCUGCUGAAUGCCACGUUUGGUCUGCAGUUCAAUGUCAGCGCAGGGAGAUGCACCCGUGGAGCCUUCAUGCAGCUCAUCCCAGUGGGCCAGGAGCUGCAGCAAGACUUGGGCUUUGAUUUUGUGCUUGUGGUUGACACAGAGGGACUCCGUGCCAUUGAGAUGGCCAAUAAACAGUCCCUGAACCAUGACAAUGAGCUGGCCACCUUUGUCAUUGGUGUUGGCAACUUGACUGUGAUCAAUAUCUUUGGAGAAAAUCCAUCAGAAAUGCAAGAUGUUCUCCAGAUCGCUGUGCAGGCUUUCCUGAGGAUGAAGAAAGUCCAUCUUUCCCCAAGUUGCUUCUUUGUGCACCAAAACGUGGGAGAAGCAACUGCCAAGGAGCAGAACAUGGAAGGACAAAGGCGUUUGCAGGAAAAGCUUGAUGAAAUGACCAGGGUAGCUGCCCAGCAGGAAUUCUGUGACAUCUCCUCCUUCAGCGAUGUCAUUGGCUUUGAUGUGAAGACCCACAUUCAUUACUUUGCUCACCUGUGGGAAGGAAACCCCCCAAUGGCACCACCCAACCCCACCUACAGCCAGAAUGUCCAGCAGCUCAAGAGCAAAAUCCUCCAGGCUGCCAAGCAGCAGUCACAGCGCAGCAUUUUGAGGCUCUCGAGCCUGAAAGAUCGUAUUGGUGACCUCUGGAACGCUUUGGUGAAUGAAAACUUUGUUUUCAGCUUCAAGAAUUCCCUGGAGAUUGCUGCAUACAGGAAACUGGAAAGUGCUUUUAGUCAGUGGACCUGGAGGCUGAGGAGUCACUUCUUAGAUGUACAGGUGAGACUGAACAAUAAAAUUCGGAAUGGGGACUUGCAGAAUGUCACCAGGGAGCACCUUGAAGGGCUGGUGCAAGAGACAAGUGAUGCCAUUGAGAAAGAAGUGGAAAAGUAUUUCAGGGAAGACAAAGACCGUGAGACACUGGUCCAGUGGAAAUCAAGUACAGAGCUGAAGCUGAAAGAACUAAAAGAGACUCUUCUUCAUGAAACAAAAAAGAAAUGUGGGAAUCUUACUGAGCUACAGAAGGAGCAGAGGAAACUGGAUGCAAGGAAGUUGGAAUAUCAAGAUGAGCUCCUGAGAAGGAGUAGGGAGCUGGCUGUGACUCUGAAAGGGAAGAGCCUCAGUGAGAGAGAACUGAAGGACAACUUUACUCUUGUCUGGAACCAGUGGAUUGCUGAAGUCUCCCGUGCUGCUCCUCCACCAGAAUGGGUAGAUAUCGAUGCAGAUAUUGAAGAUGUCCUUCUAGAGCACUUUAAGGAGCCAGGUUUCCAUGCACGGAUCAGGUCAUUUCCCAAAUGCAGAGGAUUUUCUUUUGACAUAGAGAAACACAUCACAAAGAAAAAGUUACUAGGCUUUUUCCCAGAACUCAGGAGCAUUUCCAAUGCUGAUAUGAUCAACUUCCAACACAUCACAGAUGACAUCAUAGCACGUGUGAAGGCAAACAUUGAUAAGAAGGAGGCGGAGAAACGGGAUUACAGUCGAAAUUUUAUUCAUGAAAUACUCAAUGAAGUACAGAAAGGUGUUGACUCUGUCCCCAGCAAUGCAAAAUGUACUUUUAACAGAGAGUACAUGAUAGAUUUGUCUCUGUAUCUGUGCAAAAUGGCAGCAGAAAGGUUUAAAGCCAUGCACGAAGCAUUCCAAGAGGCAAAUGACCCAGUUGUGUACCUGAACCGCAAAAGAGAAGACUUCUUCCAAUGUUUCCAGAUUUCCUGCCAAGGAGCCACUUCAAUCACAACUUUUGUUGUUUUUCUUUGUGACAAGAUUGAACCAGCUCUUAGCCGGGCAGUCUUUGAGAGGACAGCUAGAGACAUUGCUGAGGACAUGAAAAACAAAUUCCCAGACUUCAAGAGCAACAGAGCCAAUUUGGAAGUCUGCAUCCUGAGAUACCUGGCAGAACAAGAAAAUUUUGAGUAUUUCAAGCAGUACCUUACCUCUCCAAAACAGUUUUUUCAGAGUUACAUUGAGAGACGAGUUAAGAGUCAUUGUUUAGAUGGGAGUAGCAGGCUGAGGAUGUUUUUAGAGUCUUCCCUUGAAUCUCUCUAUGGAAACAUCCUGUCAGCUGUUUCUUUAUCAACCCAAAUUGUCAAAGACAAAAAAGACAGAGAAGACAAAAUCUCUCUUUGGCUGGAUGAAUUUUGUGGGGAACUGGCAGAGGUGAUCAACUUGCCCAGAAGUGAGCUGAAGGGCAUCGAGCACCAGGAGGUCACAGACAUUGAGUUCCUGAGCAGUGCCAUGGCAAAAUCUCUUAUUGACCUCAGGGACAGGCUCAUAAAAGAGUUGGCUGAUGCUGACAUGAGCUCAUUUUCAAGACAGCCUCACACCAUCCUGGCAGAGCAUUUCUCGGGGUGCUGGCAGCAGUGUCCCUUUUGUGGGGCUGUCUGCACAAACACCAUGCAGAACCAUGAUGGAGACCAUCAGCUGGUCUUCCAUCGCCCACAAGCUUUGACAGGAUUCAAAUGGUAUGGGACAGAUCACUUCGUCAUUGAUAUUUGUUCCAGCUCUGUUGCAAGUGACUGCAGCUUCAGAUUUCAUGAUUACCAGCCAUGGACACCUUACAGAACAUACCGUAAUGCUGGACCUCCUGUUUCCACGUGGAGAAUUCUUCCGGAUUCAUCCAUGCAGGCGUACUGGAAAUGGUUUGUGUCCCAUUUCAGGACACAGCUGGAAGCCUUGUACAGUCAGAAAUUUCAGGGCAAAGGAGAAAUCCCUUAUGCGUGGCACAGAAUUACCAAGCAGGAAGCACUGUCUGAGCUGGAGCGGUGUUAGGCCACAUCCAUGGGAAGGAAGAACCACAGUGGCUUUGCAGCUUAGGAGAACUUUGUACCAGGCUCUCCACAAAAUGCAGUUACAAUAACAACGUUCUCAUACCCAAAGAGGACAGUGGUAUCCAAUUUUUCCCAAAUUUGGUGAAAUGAGGUGCAUUGCUGCAGCCACCUCUCUGCAAUUCCCUCACUUCAUGAGAAACCCAGAAUCCUCCUGCCUGCCUGCCACAAACAUUUCCUUCUGCUUUGUCCUAGAGCCAAACCAAACCCCUCCUUGGGGUGAUCAGCCUUGUGGCCAAGCCUGAGCCCAAGGGCAAAGGCAGCACUCAAAGCACCCCUUGGCUCAGCUGCUGUGAGACAAGAAGGGACUGUUGGAGUGUUAAAACAGAGGCCUCUCAAAGUCCCUCAGAGAGAGAACAGUAUGUAGGAAUUGAAUUCAAGUCUUUAGAGAAAUAAGCCACACAGACACGAAGUAGAGGUGUAAUCUUUAGUUUUAACUAAGUAGAAAUAUUAUUAAGUUGUGUAGACGUGAAGUAAAAGUAUAAAUCUUAGUUUUAAGUAAGUAAAUAUAUGUUUUAAGUGUCUUAAAGAGCAAAAUCCUUAGAAACUUUGAAAAAACAACGUACAAAAACAAGCUUCAGUGACAGCUCAAAACUAUUGUUUUAGACAUAAUAAAAACAUAGUAAGGAUAUUACCUACAUUUUUCAGAUAGAACAGAUAGGAUAUAUACACAAAUUUUAUAUAAACUUUUGUAUUAUGGAAACAGAAACCUAACAGGUCUAUAAGAAAUGCUACAGGUUCAUGUUUUUAGCUCUUAGGUAAUUUGUAAAUAAAAAUCUGUGCAUUGGGGAGAGGCUCCCUCUCUUGCUCUUUCUCUUCCUCCACCAUCAUCAUCAUCACUACCACCACAUGAAAGAAGAUGAUGAAGAAGAAGAGGAGAACAGAAGAAGAAUGACCAGGGAGCAUCUGACUCUCCUCAGGACUCUGUUUUAGACUGCAGCUUCUGCCUCUGCUUGAGACUCUGUACCAGGCCACAGCUUCUACCUCUACCCAGGAUUCUAUACCAGAGAACUGCUGCUCCUGCCUCUGCCCAGGACUGUGCACCAGAGAGCUGCUUCUGCUUUAAUUGGGACUGUAUGGUCAAUGAAAUAAAUGGGCCAGGAGACCAGCUCCUUUUCAAGGCCUUUAUUAAGGACAGCUUUGGGUAUGGAGCCCAAGGGCUCACACACACCACCUCUGCUCCCUGCUCCCAGCGGACAAUGCUGAGGAGGAGGUGCACAGCUUUAUCUCUCAGAAGAGCUGGACCUUCCUUCCUCACAGGAGACCUCAGGAAGACAUCUGCUGGCUUGUGGUCUGGGUGUGUCAUGCCAGCUGAGUGCUAUUAAGUUGUGUCGACAUGGUAAAGAAACUCUGGUUAGUGAUUUCUUCUUCUGCACUAUUUUCUCAACCUAGGGGUACCAUUCUUAGUCUUGCAUGUUAUGUUGGCUCAUUGUUUUUAGGGGUUUUUACCACUGAAUGGUGCCCCAUGAGCCUUUGCUGUCACACACCGUUUUAGAGGGAGUAGUGGAGUUGGGUGUGGAUACAAGGGUAGCUACUGGGAUGGGGGAAGGGACAAACAGCUAGGAACAUUAACAAUUUACAAAGACAUAGAACAUUAACAAUAAAUAGUCAACACAAACAAUUCUAGUCAAGUGGGGAGACAUACAUCAACACAAACAUCAGCAACAGUUCAUUUAUAGCAACUCCCCCCUCUAAAACUUUUAUCAGGCUUAAGCCCACAUCAAUCAUUUAAAUCAAUCUGUUUCUUCAUAAACUUGGUAUAGUUUUUGAAGUCUCUGAUAUUUCUUAUAAACUUCUUUGGCUGUUUCUGAGUUCUGGUUCCCUUCUUGUUUUUCUUUUUUUUUAAACAGGUUUCUUUUCAGAGUAGAUCCACUUUUCUUUGAUAGGACAUUCUCCCAGCAAUUUUUUGUUUACAAUUCCCUGUAUUUUCCUAUAGCCAAUAGUUUUUACUGUCCUCAACACAAGUUGUUAGCUGUAAAAAAUUGGCACAAUUAGGGCUGGGGUUAGAGUGGGUUCUGAGGAUGGCUAUCUGGGAGUCUCCUGCAUACAAUGGAUAGUAACAUUUAUCACACAAUGUAGUUCCUUCUCUUUGAAUGCCCAUCACUAGGAGGGUUAAUACAAACAGGGGUCCGGUACAGGGCACUUUCCCACACAUGUCUCCCCCCUUUUUUAAUCGCAUUCAAAGGAUCAACGACUCUAUGUGGCAAAAGUUUACCCUGAUCCUAUCUUUCCCCCUGCUGCAAUGUUCUUACUGUCUACUAUUAUACUUCUUAUUAGAGGAGUUCACUUUCCCUUUUUGUAUCAGCUUUAUUCCUGCUGUCUUUAGGGUCUGAUUGCUAGAUGUGUGGGAGAAUGUUCUAUCUUUUCCAGAAUUUAGGAUCUGUAACAAGAAAUACCAGCAGUUAAAAACGUACCAUCUAAUACUUUGCAGUUAAUGAUAGAAAUAACUUAAAACUUUAAAAAGGCAUACAUCCUAGUAAGUUAAAUAAAUAUAUGAUAAACACUCAAUAGAUUUCUUUAUGGCUCCUAAUAUAAAUCAUUUAAAAACUUGAAAAAGGCAUACAUACUAAUAAGUUAAAUCUUUCUUAACUAUAUUAUAAACAUUCGAUAGAUUUCUUUAUGGCUACUAACAUAGAUUACUGUAAACUUUAAAAAUGCAUGCAUCCUCUGUAAAUACAUUAUAAACUCUUGAUAGAUAUCUUUAUGGCUCGUUGGUCAAAUUUUGUUUACUUAGAAAAUCUUUCACAUGGUUUCUUUCUCAGUAUUAAUUUGUUAUCUGUCACUUUGGUUGACGUCCGUUAAGUGGGAACAGAAGUUCGUUCAGUAGAUGCAGAGACUGGUCCCUUCACUCUAGAGAUGUGAGUCCAUCCUGUUUUCUGUGUUUGGACAACCAUUUCUGUGGUUACUAGAAAUUGGAAGGGACCUUCCCAUUUUGGGAUUAAUGGUUGCUCUUUCCAGGCCUUGAUUAAAACCCAGUCCCCAGGUUAGAAUUUGUGGAUCUUGAAAUCAAUAGGUAUAGUCUGGGGGAGAUAGCCUUUCUUUCUUAAUUCUUCUAAGGUGCUUGUUAUAACUUGUAUGUAUCUCUUUACACUUUGCUCUCCUUCUUUGUACGUUCUGGUGUUACCUGAGGUGGUUAAGAAGGGUAAGCCAAACAUCAGUUCCUAGGGAGAAACUCCUAUGUCUGCCCUUGGUUUUGUCCUUACUCUCAUUAAGGCUAGGGGAAGGCACUUAAACCAAUUCAUCUUUGUUUCUUGUAUUAUUUUCGUGAGAGCCAUUUUUCAAUGCUUGGUUCAUUCUUUCAACCCUUCCAGAACUCUGUGGUCUCCAGGGGGUAUGGAGCUUCCAUGCAAUAUUUAAAAGCAUUUGUCAUUUAAUGUAAAAGUUUUGCUGUAAAAUGUGGACCUCUAUCCAAGUCAAUAGUAUUUAUUAUCCCAUAUCUUGGUACAAUUUGCUCUAAUAAGAUCCUACUGACCACCUCUGCUGUUGCUUUCAUGGUUGGAUAUGCCUCAACCCAAUCCAUUAAAAGGUCUACUAUUACCAAUAGAUAUUUAAACCUUUGUACUCAGGGUAACUCUGUAAAGUCUAUUUGUAUAUUUUGAAAGGGUCUUAUUGCCAAUUCUUCUCCCUCUUGGGCAGUCGUCACAUUAUUUUUUAAUUUAUUCUUUGACAAAUCAUGCACUCCCAUGUUAUGGUUUUAGCAAUUUCAAAUACUCCAAUACACACAUAUGUUCUCCUAAAAUGAUCAUACAAAGCCUGUGUUCCCCAAUGAGUUGAGGCAUGCAGGUUUUCUAGUAUUUUUCUUGCCAAUGCUUUAUUUAGUAUUUGCCUUCCGUCGGGCAUUUUCCAUUCCCCCUUGCUAUUUUUAAUAGCAGCAUGUUUUUGUAAUUCUUCUUGCUCUUUUUCACUAAAUAUCAGUAUAUCCUCAUCUGUUUUGUCUCCAUCUUCUUUGCCUUCCACCUCCCUUAACUGAAGGACCUUUUCUGUCUCUUCCAUAGCAGCUCUCUUGGCUAACUGGUCUGCCAGGUUAUUCCCUUCUAUUUGAGUCCCCUUCUUGGUGUCCCUUCACAUGUACCACUGCUAUUUCCAGUGGACCUCAGGGCCUCCAGCACUGCUUUAACUAGUCCCUCAUGGAUCAAUGUAUUUCCCUUUGAAUUAGUAAAUCCUCUUUCAGUUCAGAUUUUUCCAAAUGUGUGUACAACUCCGUAAGCGUAUCUUGAGUCUGUAUAAAUAGUUCCACUUUUGUAAUUUAGCCAUUUAAAUCCUUUUAAUAGAGCAUAGAUCUCACAACACUGUGUGGACCAAUUAGCAGGAAGUUUUCCUUUUUCUACUACAGUCAUAUUUUGUCUGUCAACAAUUGCAUAUCCUGAUACUCUUUUUCCAUCUAUGACCCUUGAUGAGCGAUCUAGAAAGAAGAUCUCCCCUCCAAUCAAUGGGUAUUCCAAAAGGUCUUCUCUAACUUUUGUUUGUAAAUCUAUGGUUUCCAGACACCAGUGUUCUAAUUCUUCUUCUGGUUCACCAUAUAAGAAUUGUGCUGGAUUUUUUGGCUCUUGUGGUGGCCAAAUCCAAAUUUUCAUUGUCAUUCAAAAUCAGUUCAUAUUUUAGGAGUCUGCUAUCUGAGAUCCAUUGGCUAGUUCUUUUAUUCAAUAUGCUUUUUAUUCAAUAUGCUUUUAAGGACACGUGGAGUGUACACUUUGAUUUUGUUUCCAAAGGUCCACUUUGGAAAUUUUCUUCUACUAAGGUCACUGCGGCGGCUGCUGCUGCCUGGAGACAGCUCAGCAAUCCCCUAAUGCCUGGGUCUGAUAAGUUUGGACACAUAGGCUAUAGGUUUCUGAACUCCACAUUGCUCCUGUACAAUGACUCCAUAAGCCACUCCUUCUUUGAGAUUAACAAAUAGUUCAAAUAACCCAUCCAAAUCACGUAAACUUAAUACUGGAACAGGCGUUAAUUUUUCUUUCAGUUCAGUCAAUUUUCUUUUAUCUUUUUCAUUCCAAUCCAUGGGUUCAUCUUUUAUUAACUUGUCAUAUAAAAAUUUAACUGAUUUUGUAUGACCAUCUAUCCAUAAUUUACAGUAGCCAAUUAACCCUAAUAAUUUCCUUAUAUCUGUUUUGGUUUUUGGUGCUGGCAAUGACAAUAUCCCUUGAACUCUACUUGGUUCUAACUUUUUGUAUCCUUUUCCAAUUAGAUGUCCUAAAUAUUUCACUUCUGGUUCCACAAAUUGUAAUUUCUUUUUGGACACCAUUAGGCUCUUAUCCCCUAAGAAGUUCAAUAAUUUGACUGUGGUCUUUUGGACAUCUUCCUUUAAUUCUCCUGAAACUAUUAAAUCAUCCACAUAUUGCAGAACCUGUGUUUGUCCACUUGGUGCAAAUUGCUUUAUUAAUACUUCCAGGGCUUGACUAAAUAAAUUAGGUGAUGCUGUAAAUCCCUGUGGUGACCUGGUCCAUUGUAAUUGUUGCUUUCUCCCAGUGUCUUCAUCUUGCCCUGCAAAGGCAAACCACCCUCUACUUUCCUUUUCCAAAGGACAGGACCAAAAAGCAUCCUUCAAGUCAAUUACACUGAACCAUGCAUGCUUUGAUGAUACUUUGCUCAACAAGUUAUAUUGAUUGGCUACCACUGGAAAAUAAGUGAUUGUUUAUUUACUCCUCUUGUACGAGUCUAUACCUACCAUUUUUUUUUUUUUUACUGGCAAUAUUGGGGUCUUAUGUGGAGACAUACACGGUGCUGAAAUUCCACCUUCAAUUAAACUCUUAAUUACUGGUAUUAACCUUUGUUUUCCAUCUGCAGAAGGAUGGUAUUGCCUGACCCUUAUUGGUGGUAUAUUGGUAUAUUUCAUCCUAAUUUUUAUGGCAGGGUUGUGGGGGUUAUUACUCUUUCCCUCGGUGGAGAAUUUUUCUCAUUAUCAUGCUAAGGAAGCCAGCUGGGGCAGGUCCCUUAGCUUGUAAUUGCUCAAGACAACAGGGAUGGGUGGUGGGGUUUGAGGAGCUGGGGCGGAUGCUUGGUUGUUUUCUUCCUUCUGGGGGAAAGUCUCUCGCCGGUCAGAACGCCAAGGAGAGAGGUUUCUCUGUGGUUGGAUUUCCCCUGCACCGCUACAGCCUCCUGCUUCUGGGAACAGCGCUGAUAACCAGGACCAAACGGUGAGCGGAGUCUUCCUUCACCCUUCUCCCACCUGGGACAUGGCCCUGUCGCUGCUGCCUCACCUCCCUGCUUCUGCUGCUGCUGCCACGGCUGCGAGGGGUCCACCCCACUCUCCACCGGGAUCGUGUAGAGGAGAAGAGUGUGACUGGAAAAGGGACUGGGACUGAGUUUUAUUCUGUUUUUGUUGCUGAUUUUUCAUAGCUGACGUUG